AUGGAGGACGAGGCAGUGCUGGACAGAGGGGCUUCCUUCCUCAAACAUGUGUGUGAUGAAGAAGAGGUGGAAGGCCACCACACGAUCUACAUCGGGGUCCACGUGCCCAAGAGCUACCGGAGGAGGAGGCGGCACAGGAGGAGAGCUGGGCACAAAGAAAAGAAGGAAAAGGAGAAGAUCUCUGAGAACUACUCAGACAAAUCAGAUGUGGAAAACGCUGAUGAGACCAGCAGCAGCAUCCUCAAGCCACUCAUCUCCCCUGCCGCCGAGCGCAUCCGCUUCAUCCUGGGAGAGGAGGAUGACAGCCCCGCGCCCCCGCAGCUCUUCACCGAGCUGGACGAGCUCCUGGCCGUCGAUGGGCAAGAGAUGGAGUGGAAGGAGACUGCCAGGUGGAUCAAGUUUGAGGAGAAGGUAGAGCAAGGUGGGGAGCGAUGGAGCAAGCCUCACGUGGCCACCUUGUCCCUGCACAGCUUGUUUGAGUUGAGGACCUGCAUAGAGAAGGGCUCCAUAAUGCUGGAUAUUGAAGCCUCUUCCCUCCCACAGGUGGUGGAAAUGAUUGUGGACAAUCAGAUGGAGACAGGGCUGCUGAAAUCCGAGCUGAAGGACAAGGUCACCUACACCCUGCUGAGGAAGCACCGGCACCAGACCAAGAAGUCCAACCUGCGCUCCCUGGCCGACAUCGGCAAGACCGUCUCCAGUGCAAGUAGGAUGUUUACCAACCCUGAUAAUGCACGCAGCCCCCUGGAGAGCUCCGUGCCCUGCCUGGCCACCCGCACGGCCGACGACGAGGUCCAGGUGCAGCGCAGCCCCAGCGUGGGAUGGCUCAGCAGCCCAGCCAUGGCUCACAGAAACCUCACUUCCACCAGCCUCAACGACAUCUCUGACAAGCCUGAGAAGGAUCAGCUGAAGAACAAAUUCAUGAAGAAGCUGCCUCGAGAUGCUGAGGCCUCCAACGUGCUGGUUGGGGAGGUGGACUUCCUGGAGAGCCCUUUCAUUGCCUUCGUCCGGCUGCAGCAGGCGGUCAUGCUGGGGGCUCUGACUGAGGUCCCUGUGCCCACCAGGUUCCUCUUCAUCCUGCUGGGACCGAAGGGCAAAGCCAAGUCCUACCAUGAGAUCGGGCGAGCCAUCGCCACCCUGAUGUCAGAUGAGGUUUUCCAUGACAUUGCCUACAAAGCCAAGGACCGGCAGGACCUGAUCGCUGGCAUCGAUGAGUUUCUGGAUGAGGUCAUUGUGCUCCCCCCUGGAGAAUGGGAUCCAGCCAUCAGGAUAGAGCCCCCCAAGUCCCUGCCUUCUUCAGAGAAAAGGAAAAACAUGUACUCUGGUGGGGAGAACCUGCAGAUGAAUGGAGACACUCCUCAUGAUGGAGGGCAUGGAGGGGGUGGCCAUGGGGACUGUGAGGAGCUGCAGAGAACUGGCAGGUUCUGUGGUGGCUUGAUCAAAGACAUCAAGAGGAAAGCUCCCUUCUUCGCCAGCGACUUCCUGGACGCUUUGAACAUCCAGGCCCUCUCAGCCAUCCUCUUCAUCUACCUGGCCACAGUCACCAAUGCCAUCACCUUUGGAGGGCUGCUGGGGGAUGCUACAGAGAACAUGCAGGGUGUGCUGGAGAGCUUCCUGGGCACAGCAGUCACUGGUGCCAUCUUCUGCCUUUUUGCUGGCCAGCCCCUCACCAUCCUAAGCAGCACAGGACCUGUCCUGGUCUUUGAAAGACUCCUCUUCAACUUCAGCAAGGACAAUGACUUUGACUACCUGGAGUUCCGCCUGUGGAUUGGCCUCUGGUCAGCCUUGCAGUGUCUCAUCCUGGUGGCCACUGAUGCCAGCUUCCUGGUCAAGUACUUCACCCGCUUCACCGAGGAGGGCUUCUCCUCCCUCAUCAGCUUCAUCUUCAUUUAUGAUGCUUUCAAGAAGAUGAUCAAGCUGGCAGAUCAUUACCCCAUCAACUCCCAGUUCAAGGUGGACUACAUCACACACUACUCUUGUGCCUGUGAGCCAUUAGACCCAGUCAAUGGCUCCUUAUUCAAUGGGACCACGUGCCCUCUCCCCUUGCUGUGCCCCUCCAUGGCUGCCUGUGCUUGCCUGCAGGACAACUCCACCCUCGACUGGGCAUCUCUGACAGCCAAGGAGUGCUUGAAAUACGGAGGGCAGCUGGUGGGCAACAACUGCCACUACGUCCCUGACAUCACCCUCAUGUCCUUCAUCCUCUUCUUUGGCACUUACACCUGCUCCAUGGCCCUGAAGAAGUUCAAGACCAGUCGCUAUUUCCCAACCACUGCCAGGAAGCUCAUCAGUGACUUUGCCAUCAUCUUGUCCAUUCUGAUUUUCUGUGGAAUAGAUGCCCUGGUGGGUGUGGACACCCCAAAACUCCUGGUGCCAAGUGAAUUCAAGCCAACCAGUCCUGAGAGGGGUUGGUUUAUCCCCCCUUUUGGAGGGAACCCGUGGUGGGUGUACCUGGCAGCAGCCAUCCCUGCACUACUGGUGACCAUCCUCAUCUUCAUGGACCAGCAGAUCACAGCUGUCAUUGUCAACAGGAAGGAGCACAAGCUCAAGAAAGGUGCUGGUUACCAUCUGGACCUGUUCUGGGUGGCCAUUCUGAUGAUUGUUUGCUCCUUCAUGGGCCUGCCCUGGUACGUGGCUGCCACUGUCAUCUCCAUCGCUCACAUUGACAGCUUGAAGAUGGAGACAGAGACCUCAGCCCCUGGGGAGCAGCCCAAGUUUUUGGGAGUCAGGGAGCAAAGAGUCACUGGGAUCAUCGUUUUCAUCCUGACUGGUGUGUCUGUCUUCAUGGCUCCCAUCCUGAAGUUCAUUCCCAUGCCGGUGCUCUACGGCGUCUUCCUCUACAUGGGAGUCGCUUCCCUCAACGGGGUGCAGUUCAUGGACCGCCUGAAGCUGCUCCUGAUGCCCCUGAAGCACCAGCCUGACUUCAUCUACCUGCGCCACGUCCCGCUGCGCAGGGUCCAUCUCUUCACCUUCCUGCAGGUGGUGUGCCUGGCCCUCCUCUGGAUCCUCAAGUCCACCGUGGCUGCUAUCAUAUUCCCUGUCAUGAUCCUGGCCCUGGUAGCAGUCAGAAAAGCCAUGGACUACCUCUUCUCCCAGCAUGACUUAAGCUUCCUUGAUGACGUCAUUCCAGAAAAGGACAAGAAGAAGAAAGAGGAUGAGAAGAAGAAGAAGAAGAAGAAGGGCAGCAUGGACAGUGACAAUGAUGAUGAGAAAAAUCACCAACAUUCCUUGAGCGCCAUACGUCGUGCUGAUGCAAUUCCUUUCCUCCAGUCACACACCAUGCCAAGCCCUCCACGACCUCCAGUCAAAGUUGUGCCUCAAAUUAGAAUAGAAGUGGAGCCUGCAGACCGUGGUUACUUCUGGAGGAGCAAGGGAACAGAAACCACUUUGUAA